CUAAAACGACAAGAGUAGAAUCUCAAAAAAAUAUCAAAAUGAAAAGUAUCAUUUUCGUGUUCGCCCUCAUUGCUGCUGUCUCAUGUGAUGUCUCACAUGUUGUACAAGGUGAUGGAUGGUUCAAAGACGAAUCAGGAUAUCAUUAUACAGAACCAGCAGUAAAAUUAGAUGAAGUUGUUGUUGAGGAAGCAGUUAUUCCUGCAGAAGAACCAGUCAUCGUUGAAGAAGUUGUAAUUGCUGACGCCCCAGUUGAAAUCGCAGAACCAGAAUCAGUCGUUGCUGAUGAAGUCGUUGAAGUUGUAGCUCCAGAGGAAGCACCCGUUGUUGCUGAUGCCGUCGCUAAAGUCACCAAUGAAUACUUGCCUCCAUCAAAUGACUAUCUUCCACCACAAUCUGCUGAUGCCAAAAAGAAGAGACAAAUUCCAGUCCGUAGAGUUUACCGUCGUUUUGUCAAGAAACACUAAAUUUCCAAUAUUGGAUAAAGUUUUUAUGAUGAAAAUCAAAUUAUGCUCUUGAUUGUAAAAAGUUAUUCAAAAUAAUUAUGAGAAGAAAUUGAACUUUUUUGAAUCAAAAAUGGCAAUUCUUCUUGAAAAAAAAAUAUAAAAAUGUGAUUUAAAAUUAUUAAUAAAUUUUGCAAACUCACAAAAAGUGAAA